UUGAGCAGCAUUUGUCUGACAGACGCCGAGAAACGGAGGAUGGCUGUUUGCUAAAUGCAGUCCUGGAAGUAACUGUUUCGUUUUGUUUUUCCCCCGACAGCUGAUGUUACAGAAUUGGGGAUGUGCAGCCAGAGGGGAGCAAAAAUGGCUGUGUUUCAAGGAAAGGAAGCAGUGAGACCACAUCUGAUCUCCUUGGCCAGGAAGGAGACAGGGUACAGGAAGUGUCUGCUGUAGCUCUGGGGAAGAUGCAGCAGAGCUGACAGGACCUGAGUCUCCCACGUGAACCCCUGGAAAUCUCUAGGAGUGGCCACCUCCUGCCACGUGUAUUCAUUUCAGGCUUGCUGGAGAGGUUUGAGUCCUUUGUACCUUCCUACUCCUCUCCCCAGAGCCUGGACAUGUACAAACCUUCUUCAUUGUGCUCUUAGUUUUAUACAAACUGAGGUUGGUUCCCCUGUCUCUGAAGUGCAGUUGUCUCUGGAGUGGAGCCUGGUGCUUGCCAGCAAGGAGCAGAGCAACUUUUGGGGAGGCGUAGACCAGAAAGAGGCAUGUCUGUCAUGAGGCAGAGCUGCAGCUUGGUGGUUGAGAGAGGCAGAGCAGCUGGAAGACUUGGAGACACACCCGUGCGGAGGGAUGGGCAGCGCUGGCCACGGGCUGACCGCUCUGCCUCACAGCCGCAUCGCCCUUCAGGACACCCUGCUGCUGACUGGCCUGGAGAAGCCGCCUGUCAUACGGGACCCUGACACCUGCAGCUGGAGCUCCCUCGACAGCCCCAGCCCUCCAGCCACUCCCGAGCAGACCCUUCCUGCCUUCUACGUCCAUUACUUUGACAUGCUCUACUCCGAGGAGGCUGGCUGGGUGCCCAAGGGCCUGGCAGAAACUCUGCAGGGCAGCAGCCAAGGGGGAAGGGGCGAGGUGCAGAAGGAGCCAGAGCAGUGCCCCAUCAUCGACAGUCAGGGCUUUGGGCUGAGCCCUGACAUGGACUACCAGGCCAGCCUUCACCUGGAGGAGCACUCGCUGGAGCAAGUGCAGAGCAUGGUGGUGGGCGAGGUGCUGAAGGACAUUGAGACGGCCUGCAAGCUUCUCAACAUUGCAGCAGACCCAGCAGACUGGAGUCCAGGAAACGUCCAGAAGUGGAUCUUGUGGACGGAGCACCAGUACCGCCUGCCCCAGAUUGGGAAGUCUUUCCAGGAGCUGUCGGGGAAGGACCUGUGCGCCAUGUCCGAGGAGCAGUUCCGCCAGCGCUCCCCCGUGUGCGGGGAUGUCCUGCAUGCCCACCUGGACAUCUGGAAAUCGGCUGCCUGGAUGAAGGAGAAAGUGGGGCCAGGAGAAGUGCGAUACUGUGCGAGUGACGAGAGCUGGGCGGACAGUGAGGUGGACUCCUCGUGCUCAGGCCAGCCCAUCCACUUGUGGCAGUUCCUCAAAGAGCUGCUGCUCAAGCCUCACAACUACGGACGCUUCAUUCGCUGGCUCAAUAAGGAGAAAGGUAUAUUCAAGAUUGAGGACUCUGCCCAGGUGGCACGUUUGUGGGGGAUCCGGAAAAACCGGCCAGCCAUGAACUAUGACAAGCUGAGCCGCUCCAUCCGGCAGUAUUACAAGAAAGGCAUCAUUCGGAAACCGGACAUCUCCCAACGCCUGGUCUACCAAUUCGUACACCCUGUCUGAGCGCGGGGGCUGGAGGAGGGGGAACUGACUGAGCACCUGGAGGGAGGGAGGUCUCUCUCACUGCUGCACCUCCCAUGCCCUUCCAAAACCACCACCAAGAAAGACAGAUGAAGCCUUGGGUUGUGCAGGAGGCUGGAAACCCAGCGAACUUCCCUGAUGAACCUCAGAGCUUCCAGCCUCCCCCAAGCCACAGAGCAUGUGUGUGUGGGGGGAAUGGACUCACAUAGAUAGGAAGACACCACAACUAGCAACAACUGCCCAUGAAAUAGAGUGUAUACAUGUAAUUCUGGGGCCUAUGGAUGUGUGUAGAGAGUCCUCUGCUCCCUCUAAUGAGCUUCAGGGUUGGGGGGAGAGGCAGGCUUAGAAACUGGGUAGGGGCAAGGGAUGCAGCCUGGAAGAAAUGUCAUAUCAAUAGAAGUGACCUGACCAUUGUGGAUGAGGCUAAGGUGUGUGUGGGGGGAGGAAAGGGGGUGGUUGUUAACAGCUUCUCGGACCUGGAAGUCUUUGGCUGUGUGACCUGCCACACAGCAUAGCAGAGCUGCUGGGUGCAGAACCCAGGAUCCAUGGCCUCCAAGUCCCUUGCGCGGAGAUAGGGAAGAGGCAUUGAUGUAGUGAUCCAAUAGCGGGUCUGUCCUCUCCUCUUCUGGGCAGUGGCCAGUACCGUGUGCUUUGGGGACCUCUUCGGGGAUACGAUAUCCAGCCCCAGCUAAUGUUUUGUCCUAUCUCCCCUCAGUUACUGGUUGGCUUAUACCCAAAAGAGAUGGACAGCUUCACCAAGACUUAAGUCAGAUUCAGCUUCUGCUCAGGUUGAAGCUUCCCCUUCCAGGCAGGGGACUUCUACAUUAUCCUGACUUUGCUUGUCCUGAAAAGUCCCCAGGGAGAAAUUGUCCCAGCACUUCUCCUAGCCUGGCUCCUUCCUGGUCAGCACCAGGUCCUUGCAGGGACAGGGAAGAGGUUCACCUCCCUGCAUCCACCGGGGGUCUUUCAUCAUGGAAUAGCUCUUAUCACUAAAGGCAGAUCUGGAAAAGGGCUAGUGAUCUAUCUGGGGCCUCUUCCCUGAAGGGUCAGUCCUUUAGCCAUGGUAAUUCCUCCUAGUUGGUUGGUUCCAGUAUUAACCAGAGGCCGUGUCACUUGGUGGGUCACCCCUUCCAUGAUACAUCAAUAGUCAAAGAAUGGCUUUCACUCAGGCAAUUUUCCCAUCUUCCUAUCCACAACCGAUAUGGCAAUGCUCCCAUAGCCAUGCCCAGCCUUGCAUGGUAUUGCAUGGCUCAGAGGGUCUCAGGGCUGUGGCAGGGCUCCCAGCCAGAAGAACCAAGGAGGCUUUUCUGGAAAUGCAGAUGCUAGAGAGGGGCAUCCACUGCCCUGCCAUCCUGGUUUGGUCUCUUGGCACCAGGGAAAAGCCAAGAUGGCCGGUAGCAUUUGCUGCAGUUGACAGUCUCGCAUUGGUCUGGCUGCCCAAGGACACUUCAUCUUUAUCUUCCUGUACCCCAGACUCCCCACGUCUCACUUCCCCCUGAGAAACCCAGUAGCCCUUUUUUGCUCUGCCCCUUGGCACCGUUUUGGUACCAAGGAGCCAGAUUGCAAAGCUGGUUACACUGGUGCAAACCUGGAAUCCACCUUUGAGCUGCUUCUGGGAUGCUCUGGAUUUAUGCCAGUGUAAAUAAACCAGAAUCGAGCCCUGAGUGUUACUCUGGGGUCAGUUAUGCUGCUUACCCCAAUCAUUCUCCUCUUGAUGUUGCUGAGAGCAGCCACAGCUGUAAAGGAAAGGAGACCUUGGCUCCUGGAGGGGAUUUCUGGUUGGUUGCUGGGGACUUAGUGGAGAACCAGCGAUGGACUGACUGGGCCAAACCGUGCUGAUGAGCUAUGAUUUGAGACCAGAGCUGAAGGGACUGAACCCAGCUAGUUUCUCCUAAACAGCUGCAGUGACCAUUUUCUGGUAUUGUUUGUGAAAGGACAGAGUCACCCCUGUGCGGUGUUGUGAGCAAGGCUCACUUGAGAGGAAAGACAAUAGGAUUAUACACGGCAGCCUUCUGCCAGGGCUCACGCUGACCCGAGGCUGGAACAUGCUGGCACCUGGCUGCAUCAGGAGGCCAGCUGGCCAAGCCGCAGGCUAGCACUGACAAGCUUUUCUGAGUAGCACGGAGUCCACAAGCCACGUGGUAUGCAGGAGAGCUUGCUGGGUUGUGCUUGUACUUCCUAGGUGGCUGGGCUGAUUGGCAGAGGCUAUCAAUCAUAGGUUGAUCUCCUGAGCAAGAGCAAGCUGCAAACAAAGCUGGACCCAUUGAUCUUGCAUCCUUCUGUGCUGCUCUCCUUUCUUUUUCUUUUUUUUUGCCUUGGGGCAGAAUGAAGGCACCUUAGCAGGUACCCCUUUUCACCCAGUAGCACCCCAGGGUUGGUGGCUGGUUCGAAGCAGACAUCACAUGCACGUCUGCAGCAAAUCUGCCUACCCUGUGCCAAUAACAAAGGCAGGGGUGGGGAGAGAUAUCAAGGUUGCUCUUGAAGGAGGUUUGCAGUGGGUAGCACAGUAGCUGGGUUGGAUUCUGGUCAGCCAAGGUUCAGCUUGUUUUGCAGCAUGGAUGUAUUCUGCCACGCUGAUGCUCUGCUUGAAUAAGGGGACCCACUGCCGCUGAAAGAUCGGCAUGCAGCCAGGGCAGUGGCCAAGUGAACUUUCCUAUUGCCACUUCCGGCUUCAAUCCUCCUUUGGCAGGCCCCUUUCUGUUGCCAGCAGGGGAAUUUGGCCUGUACCUGAUACCAGCUCAUGCUGCAAAAUUUGCACCUAAGUUUCAAAGUCCCCAAGACAUUUGGAUCUGGGCUUUUGAUUCAGAUCAUCUUGGAGAAUGAGGCUGCUUGCACAAUUCAGAUCAAGGUCUGGGUCCCCACACAACCGCCCUCCUCCAGAGCUACCUCUGAGCUCUGCGCCCAGUUGGGCCCUUUACUUUGCUGUUCAGACCACUGGCGAUGGCUGUUCUUGUGCCGUGGGCACCUGCUUGGACAAAGUCCCUCCCAAACUUGUGUCCCUUUAGUCAUUACAUAGGACCUUUUUUGACUGCCAUUCUUGUACAUGUUUUAAAGGGAUUUUUUUUUAAACAUCUCUCCGGGUUUCUCCCAGGGGAAAAAUAAAUCAACGGAAGCUCACAGGCUUAUGAAAUAGAACUUGGACUGCCAGCCAAGGGACUGUUUGAACUGUACAUUUCAUAACAGGCUAAGUUACCUGGCGUUGUUGAUCUUCUAUAUUAUAAUUUUUUAUUUGCUUUCUUUGGGUUUUGGCUCACGAGAUGUUGUGACUUCGGCUCAAACGAAGAGUCGAGAAGGGAAUGGAGGAUGUUUGAAAUGGUUUGUGAGAGUUUAAAAGACAAUAUAUGUGCUUUUUUUUUUUUUAACUUGCACUGGCUUCUUGUUUUGAUUGCUGCCUGUCUUUCUGUUGGCUCUGUGGUGUUGAUGUGUAAGAGCUGACGAGCCCUUUGCCUCCCUUGCAAAUGGCAUUUCUUUGCCUUGAGGCUGCGGUGCCUUUGGGAGGGAAGAGGGAAAACAGCUUCUUGUUGGCUGGAAAACGCAGUGAAGUCUGGGCCUCGUGAUACUUUGCCUGGUGCGCUUGUGUUUUGAAGGUGCAUGAAGCCGGUACAAGCCAGGGGCUAAUGUGUGCUGGCAGAGACUCCUGGAAGCAACCCUUUCUCUGUUGUAAUAAUCCAGGCUCUGGGCUUUAUUUGUCAUGGAAAGUGUGUGUGUGUGUGGUAUAUGCAUACACAGGACGGUGAGUAGGUUUUCAUGCUUGUGUGUGUGAGCACUUGUGUGCACCUGCCUGUCCCUGUGCAUGGUCCCUGCAUGUACCUGUCCUCACCUGUGCAAGUGGCAAGAAGAAACAGGUGCAAAGCAGUGAGGCAGUGGAGAGAAACUCCAAGUGCUCUCCACCUAGGAUUUUGUUGUACAAGGUCAGAAGCCCAAAGGCCUCU